AUGGACACCGAACCAACUAAUCGGUACUGGGAUUGGAUCACGUUAAAUAAAGGCAAAGAACGUGCUCUAGUAUCCCUCCAAGAGUUUUCACCAAUGCCAAACGUUGUUCCAACGGAAUGGAAUGUAGUUUUGGGCGAUUUAGUCAAUUUGUCGACGGAUGGUUCAUUGACAGAUGCAUAUUUUGUGUCAUUUGAUAAUCAGUGGAUUAAAAAUCCAACAUCAGGGACCGGAUUAGUUUUAACAGUUCCAUAUCGAAUGACGGUCGAAUAUACUUAUUAUCCUCUGGUUAAUAAUUUAACAGUUCGAAUCGUCAAUGUGAACAAAUAUCAUGAGUUCGAAGUGGGCAAAGCAUCGGCCGCCGAUAUUAAAAAUUGGUAUGACAAUAAUGCAAAUUCUAUUAAAGUUAACGUGGCAUUAAAAUAA